AUGGAUGCUGAUGUCGAUGCGAUCGACAUCGAUGAUGACGACGACGAUGCUGGUAUAUAUAGCAUCGCCAAUGACUGUCACAGUGAGGACAAUGACGCCCUCACUGGUGAAGACAACGUUCUUUCAGUAGUGCACACGAAGCGCACUGCUAUUGACAAGGACAAGUCAGCAGAGAAAUUUCUGCUGACUCGCGAAGCGGUUGUCCGCUUCGUUCACGACUCUAUUGCAGAUGCACAAGACAGACAGAAAAGAAACGCAGACAAACAUGGAAGAUAA